UCGUUGGUCACUUCGUUGAUCACCUCUGCACGCAGCAGGUCGUGCAGUCACCACUUAACCUCGAGUGUGAAAACACAAUUUAACCGCCUUCUCAAGGCAGGGUACCCGAUGGACCUUCUCAGUUCUGUCACGCAGAGGCUCAUCGUAAAUCGAACUCCCCGCACCUCACGGGCUGCUCCGGGCGGGAGGAUCGCCUGCAUUCCCUACAUGCAUAACGUGGCGCACCGCGUCAAGUCUCUCGCGUCCCGCUUUGGCACCAAGGUCAUUUUCAAAUGCAGGUUCAAACUGGGUUCCAUGUGCAAACUGGUUAACAACGCCAGUUCCCCCCCAGCAUGUGCAAAAAAACACGGCUCUCAAUUCGUUCGAUGCGCAAAAGAAAAAGUCUACUCGAUUCCUUUGACCUGCGGUGCGGAAUAUAUCGGCCAAACAGGCCGAUGCAUAAAUGAUCGCCUCCGAGAACACCACAUUGAAUGCGCGUCACAGCCAGAGGGGUCAUUGCAUCCUAUUAUAGUUCACGGUAAGGAGUGCCAGGCAUGCACGCCUUUGUUCAACGAGACCAAAGUAGUUGGGGGA